GGGAGAUCCAAGCGGGAGAGAUGGCAGGAGCGGGCGAGAGCCCGGCUGCUUGGGGCAGCAAGGAAGAUCCCGAGGACAAUACGUUGGUCCUCACAAUAAUGAAGCGCUUCAACGAGUCGUUGGCUUCCGAUGAAACGUCCGUGCUGGACAGGUCGGUGCUGGACACAACGCGGCGCCCUCUGCAGAUGCAGUACCAGCAGAUGAUGAGGGUUGAAGCAGAGGCCGAGCAGAUCCAUUCGGGGGUGCGGCUCUUGCAAGCAGAACGGGAGAAGAUGCAAAUGGAGAUGAGUCACAAGAGGGCCCGGAUCGAGCUGGAGAAACAAGCGACCACGCACGCGAGGAAUUACGAGCGGGAGGCUGACCGUAACCAAGAUCUCCAGAAGCAGAUCAGGCAGUGUCAGGAGAGGGAAAAGGAGGCCGAGAAUAAGCUUAAAGAGCAAAUCGAGAUCAACAGGGCAUGCCAGAAGAGCAUGGAGUCCCUGAACCAGAAGCUGCAGGAGAAGGCGAACCAGCUGGCCGAAGCUAAUGAGAACUCCACCGAGUUGAAGGCAAAGGUGUCCGAGUUGCAGCUGAAGUUAUGGAAACAGGAGAUGGAGAUCAAGGACCGAGAGCUGGAGAAGCUAGAGAUGACUGAACAGCUGGGGGCGCAACGCAAGCAGUGGCAAGAGGCCAGCCAGGAGAUCCAAGGCCUUCAAGCCAAACUGGCCCAGAUGACUGAGAAAGAACAGAAGAUUCAGGCCUUGGAGCAGAAGCUGGCUUUACAAGAACAAGACGCCGUGGUCGUCAGGAGCAUGAAGGCUGAUUUGGUGCGGUUCCCCAAAAUGGAACGGGAGCUACAGCAGCUCAGGGAGGAGAACGCAUAUCUUAGGGAAAUGAAAGAGAACACCGGGCUGCUCAGAGAAGAAGUGGACAGCCUGCAGAGGAAACUAGAGCGCUUCGAGAAGGUCCAAGCUGAUCUGGUGGCAUUAGAAUUAGAGAAGGAGAAACUUCAGGGAAAGCUGAACACCUGGGAGAAGGUCGACCCGAGCACUGGCUUAAGUAUCAAGAGCCCCGAUGAUCUCUCCAGGUACGUCGUUGCCGUGCAACACCAGGAACUUGUGCUGAAGGAGCAGAACUCUGCCAUUGCAAGCAGUGCCCGGGAACUCGAAAACGCCCGGAAGCAGCUUCAAGAUGAGCUCCUGAAGGUGCAAAGCCAACUGCUGGAUGAGAAGAAGAAACGGGAGCAGGCCGAAACGAUGGCGCGGUGUCUGCAGAAACGGGUCCAGCUGCUCAUCAAGAACCGAGAUGGCUUGAAAGGCAUCCUAAACUCCUAUGACAGUGAGCUGCUGCACUCCGCCGAUCACUCUCCUCAGCUGAUUGCCCGCCUGGAAGAGGCCGAGGACAUGGUGCAGAAAGUGGAAGCCCACACUGCGGAAAUGGAGGUUCAGUUGUCUCAGGCGCUGGAAGAAGCUGGGAAUCAGAAGAAAAGAGCAGAUGUGUUGGAGGUGGAGCUGCAGCUGCUGAAGAGCCAGGAAUCCACGAAGGAGUUGAGCUUCUUUAUUGCCCGGGAGGGGGUGAACGCGCUCAGGUUAAAGAUUGAGGAGCUGGAGACCGAACGGAGCCAGUUGGAAGAGGAGAAGAAAUCCCUGGAGAUGAAGCUGGAACAGGUUGGCAACCACGACUCCGGCAAAACCAAAGUCCUCCACCUCAGUGAGAAUCCAGCUAGCCUGGCCAAGCGGCAGCAUCAGCAGGAGCAGGCCAACCUGCGUGAGGAGUGCCAGCGCUUGAGAGAGCGGAUACAAGUGCUGGAAAGAGGUGACUCCCCCCCGGAAACCUCAGAGGGGUCUGCAAGUCUCCCAGAGGGGGCCACGAGUCUCCCGUCCACCUCAGAAGUCUCAGAACUGAAGACCAAAUUGGAGAGUGAGAAGAAGAUCAACCAGCGCCUCAAGGAGAUUUUCCAUUCCAAGAUCCAGGAGUUCCGCAAAGUGUAUUACAGCCUGACGGGGUACCAGAUCGACAUGACUUGUGAGAGUCAGUACCGGGUCACCUCGAUGUAUGCUGAGCACAAGGAAGACUGCUUGAUCUUUAGGUCCGUCAAACCCACCAGCUCCAAGAUGCAGUUGCUGGAAACGGAGUUUUCCAAGACUCUCGGCGAGAUGAUCGACUUCCAUCUCCACCAGCAGAAGAGCAUCCCGGCUUUCCUCAGUGCCCUAACCCUGGACCUCUUCAGCCGCCAGACCGUGGCUUAGCCCAGGUUCCGCUGCCUUUGCCACCCUUUGGCCCGAGGAUCGCCCCCAGGCAGGCCUGGCCCGUAUUCCUGUGUCAUCAGGGGAACGGGUCCCGUUCCUUUAUUUUAGUUGACUUUUCUAAGUGUCCGGCUUCUGCGGCCUCCUCUUCCGUGACGCCUUUCAGUUUGGGGGUGUCAAGGAGUUCAAACCCGAACACACACACACACCGAGUCCCAUGGGCAGAUGCACACAUACAACCGGAUGGUUGUUUAAUUUUUUAAAAGAACAGUUUAUAAGGUUUCUUAAGUUCCAAUCAAAUAAAGAAUUACUCUGUAAUCAGCCCAUUACUCUUUGAUCACACAGCGAGAAAAUAGGAAAGCUAGCUCGACUGCCUAAUAUUUUUCGGACAAAUGUGGACAAACACAACCUAAUCAGAGAACGAGUAUAAAGACAACAGUCAUGAGAGU